CAUCGCGUCACACAUGUAGCACAACAUGGCCCCUGCCAGCCGGGCUGUUGUGGUAGCAGCGCUCUCUCUGCUCUACCUGAGCCGAGAAAUCCUCUCCUCUGAAUAUUUCUCCACUCUCACCCUCUUCAACAAUGAGCUCCACAAGCAGGGAUGCAGCUCGCUGUCCGAGUGGGAAGAGUACGCGGCUGACUGCGAGUCCUCUAUUUUACAGUUGGAAGACCCAGACUGUGAGGAGGGAAGCAACCCACCCUGCGAGUCAGUCUUCUCCCUUAACGCAGAGAAGAUCCUGAACCAAGCCAAGUUGUUUAUAGAACAGAAAAAAAUCCCCUUCCCCGUAGAUAACCACAACACAAACGAAGAACUUGCUAUAGGCUACGUUCUGAUAGGCAACGGUCUUUAUGAUGAAGCCAUCAAACACUUCUCACUCUUAUUACAGGGUGACCCGGAGUUGGUCAGUGCCAUCUAUGGGAGGGGGAUAGCUUACGGGAAGAAAAGCUUACAGGACAUAAAGAAUGCUGACUUGGCGUUGUUCGAGCUCAACAGAGUCAUCACCCUGGAGCCUAACUGGCCCGAGGUCUACGAGCAGCGAGCAGAGAUCCUGUCUCCUCUGGGUCGAAUCAGCGAGGCUCUGGGCGAUCUCACCAAAGCCAUCCAGCUGCAGCCCUCCGCCCGCCUCUACAGACACAGAGGAACCCUGCUCUUCAUCUCAGAGGACUAUGUGGCAGCUAUGGAAGACUUCCAGCAGUCUUUAGAGCUGAAGAAGAAUCAGCCCAUCGCCAUGCUGUACAAAGGCCUCACCUUCUUCCACAGAGGCAUGCUCAAGGAAGCCAUUGAGACAUUCAAAGAGGCGCUGAAGUUAAAAGCUGACUUCAUAGAUGCUUAUAAGAGCCUUGGACAGGCCUACAGAGAGCUGGGGGAUUUUGAGUCUGCGAUGGAGAGCUUCCAGAAAGCCCUGAUGUUGAACCAGAACCACAUCCAGUCUCUGCAGCUGCGAGGCAUGAUGCUGUACCACCACGGCUCGCUGCAGGAGGCCAUCGGGAACUUCAAGAGGUGUCUUCAGCUGGAGCCGUACAACGAGGUGUGUCAGUACAUGAAGGGGUUAAGUCACGUGGCGAUGGGUCAGUUCUACGAGGGCAUCAAAGCUCAGACUAAAGUCAUGCUGAACGACCCUCUGCUGGGACAGAAGGCCAGCUCUGAAUACCUCAAAGUCAAAUACCUCAGAGAGUACUCUCGCUACCUGCACUCCCACCUCGACAUCCCGGUAGCAGAGUACAACGUGGACCAGGACUUACCGGGAAACUUUAAGAACCACUGGGCCAAGAACCUGCCGUUUUUAAUAGAAGAUUAUGAAGAACAGCCCGGCCUGCAGCCACACAUCAAAGACGUGCUGCCUCAGAACUUCGAGAGCUACAGCAGUGAAGUCCAGAAGCUGAUCUGCACAGCCGACCACCUGGGGGCGCUCAUGCAAUACGACACUCCUGGCUUCUUACCUAACAGGAGAAUACACAGAGCCAUGGGUUUAGCCACUCUGGAGGUGAUGCAGGCCAUGCAUCGGACGUGGAGCAACUCCAAAGUCCGAGUCAACGGGAAAACCAGGCAAAUGCAGUGGAGAGACAUGUUCGACAUAGCUGUCAAAUGGAGGAGGAUCGCAGACCCAGACCAGCCCGUCCUGUGGUUGGACCAGAUGCCUGCCAGGAGUCUCAGUCGAGGAUUCAACAAUCACAUCAACCUCAUCAGGGGACAGAUUAUCAACAUCAGAUACCUGGCGUACUUUGACAACAUCCUCGACUUCAUCAAAGACAGAAUACUGGUGUAUCAUCGGGCGUACAACCCCAGAGGACUCUUAGAAGUCCGGCAGGCUCUUGAAAAUGUGAAUAAAGUAGAAGAUCUGCUUCCUAUAAUGAAGCAGUUCAAUAGUAAAACCAGAGAUGGCUUCACGGUCAACUCCAAGGUGCCGAGCAUGAAGGAUCUUGGGAAAGAGUACGACGGUUUUACCAUCACCAUCACUGGAGACAGGGUGGGCAACAUGUUGUUCUCAGUAGAGACGCAGACGACAGAGGAGCGGACGCAGCAGUACCAGUCAGAGAUCGAGUCCAUCUACAAAGACCUCACCGCUAAAGGGAAGGCCUUAAUGCUGUCCACUGAACUCGGGGAUGCAGAUGCUGUGUGUAACCUGAUCCUCUCCCUGGUUUAUUACUUCUGCAAUCUCAUGCCCCUCUCCAGAGGAUCCAGUGUGGUGGCGUACUCCGUGGUGAUGGGAGCGCUGAUGGCCAGCGGGAAGGAGGUGGUCGGCAGGAUCCCGAAAGGAAAGCUGGUGGAUUUUGAAGCCAUGACAACACCCAGUCCAGAAAGCUUCAGUAAAACAGCCAAGAACUGGAUGAACCUCAUGAGUUUACCAGUUUGGUACCAGAGUCUUCCUUCUGUAGCAGAGACGUUCCCGUCCAGCAGAACGAUGAUCGAGGUUCUCAACACAGACUCAUCCUCACACUGUCCCAAGAAGUCCUAACAAAACUUCAGGAGUCUGUUCUGUCUUAAAAACGGAGCUGCUGCACUGAGCAGGACAAAGGGCCGUCUUCUUCUGCAUCCCAAACUAAACCCCAAAAGCAUCUGAGCUCUAACGGUCAUUCCCUACAUUUUAAAUUCAUAUUGUUUAUUCGACACAUUUGGGAACCAGGUCUAUUGGGCUUGGCUAAAAACUAAGAUAAUACAAAUUGAAAACGUGUAUUUAAAAAAAAGACCUUUCCUCUGAGAAAACAUUGCCUUUUCUUUGGUUUGUGGAAAGCUGAAAUAUAUCUUAUUUGGUAUACAAUGACUUCCGACUCAAUAAUCCUCCCUUAUACACACAUUUUAAGGUGUAAACGUGCAUAAUUGUAUCCAGCAGGUACACGCAAUGUUUUCAUUACAUUUGAACAUUUAUUUGGCACGCAGGACACUUUGUUCAGAUGCUUGUGUCAACAUGUUCACGUGAAACUACACAUUUUUCCUCUUAGCUGUAGUCAAUUUAUAUUGUUUUGUCACAGCGUUUUAGAGAACAUUCACCAUAGAGAUGUCUGCCUUAUUUUUGAUAUAAAAAAAACCAACAUGGCAUUCUGUUUGUUGAGCUUAAUGAGUCCAAAGAUUUGUUUAAACUCCACAGGAAUGACCUUCCAGUGACCUUGUUGGAGGAACUGUUUUAUUUCUACAGUACACCACCUGCCAGGAGUAUCAUUGCCCCGAAGGAAGGAAAUAACGCUCACCAUGAGGCUGUUGAGUUUCUCACAUGUUUCUUUGGCACAGUGAGCCAUUAUGUUAUAGACAAGGCAGACAUCUCUAUGAUCAGUAUCUCAAACAUUUCGCAACACACCCGAACUACAACCUAUAUUUGCGAAAUAGAACAGGUAAGAGGAAAAAUAUUAGUUUUUCGCUUGACUUGUCCCUUUUAAUUGGACAGUAUGUCACGUUUAUACAGUUUCAAAUCGAUUCGGAUUUAGUUCAGGUACAAAAACAUAAUGAAAUAUUUUGGUGCUACCUUGUUUCAGUCCCAAUAUUCACACACUCCAGCUGUUGGGGUGAAGGUGACGGAGAACGUGUCUUAGUUUGGGAUGCAGAACGGAUUCUGUCCACCCGCGUCUGUUUCUCUGCUUUACACUGAAACACACAAAACACACACAACACACAGUCCUCCAUCUCAGCAGGAACAAGUCAUGGUUAUUAAAUUAAUACAUCUAAGCGUUUUUGAAUUUAAACUUCAAAUUGGAUGUUAAUUUGGCGUCUAACGUGUUUUUUUUAUUACAUUCAUAUCUUAUUGGCCUUUUAAAACACAUUUUCUUAACCACUACUGCACACACACACACACACACACACUCCAGCCUAUCAGCAGAGAAAUAGUUUCGGGAUCUACGGAAAGUAAAAUGAUGAAAGAAAAACCUUCAGGGCUUUUGAAUUCCACUCUGGAUACUUGAAGCAGUCUCUCUUUUUUUUAUUUUGUUUUUUCUCGACACUCGCAGGAAGUGUCGCUUAUGUCUUAUCGGGGGGGAUUGAACCCCGCUUUCUUUUAGCGUGACCAAUAAAAGGGUUGGUGGUAAGAGGGGUUGGCUGCUGAACGACUAUCAGAGCGAGAGUCAGAGGAUUUCAGAGAAUGUUCAGAGAGGCAUAAAGUCCUCAAUGAUUUGUCGAAGGAAAACCGCUUCAAAAAUAUGGUUUUUCUGAGUUUUACGUCAUGAUAACGUGAAUUAUUUGAGUUUAAGGAAAGAAUAAACUUGAUUUUGGACAAUGUGAA